AUGGCGUCAAGGAAGAAGGUCCUCCUGAAGGUUAUCAUCCUUGGUGACAGCGGUGUCGGAAAAACAAGUUUGAUGAACCAAUAUGUCAACAAGAAGUUCAGUGGAAGCUACAAAGCCACUAUCGGAGCUGAUUUCCUCACAAAGGAGGUUCUCGUCGACGAUCGACUGGUGACAAUGCAGAUCUGGGAUACUGCAGGCCAAGAACGGUUCCAGUCAUUGGGAGUCGCCUUCUACCGUGGAGCUGACUGCUGUGUGCUGGUCUACGACGUGAACAACUCCAAGAGUUUUGAGGCUCUCGACAGCUGGCGUGACGAGUUCUUGAUCCAGGCAAGCCCGAGAGAUCCAGAGAGUUUCCCAUUCGUUGUGAUCGGCAACAAGGUCGAUGUAGAGGAGAACAAGCGUAUGAUCUCCUCAAAACGGGCUAUGACCUUCUGUCAGUCGAAGGGUAACAUCCCCUACUUCGAGACCAGUGCCAAGGAAGCUAUCAACGUUGAGCAAGCGUUUGAAGUUAUCGCACGGAGUGCACUUGCCCAGGAAGAGGCCGAGGAAUUCAGCGGUGAAUUCAGCGACCCAAUCAACAUCCAUCUAGACAAUGACCGUGAUGGCUGUGCCUGUUGA